UGCUGUGAGAAGUCCAUGUCCUUGGCCAGCUGGUCCGUGGCAGGUCUGUCAUCAGCAGGAGUAUAUAAAGACAGUUCUUUUGGGGCAAGACAUCACUUUGGGGAGCCACCCUUUAGGAAGAAGCAGGUAGGACAGACUGGCCCCUCUGCUGAAGUCCUCUUGGAUGAGCUGAAGCUGUUGGAUUUGGUGGCUCUGAAUUUGGACAUGAAGAUCUUUUCCCUUUUAUUUGCCGUUCUCCUCUUAAUGCUCCAAGGGACUUCAGGUUUCAUGCGCGCCCCCAACAACGAGGUGCAGUGCAAACAGGCUGGGGGUGUUUGUUCCACCGACCAUUGUCCCCCACCCAACACAAGGUCCUUUGGGCGCUGCCAGCGAGGGAUCCCUUGCUGUAGGACCGUGUAUGAUUAGUGACCACUGACAUCUCAGAUGGGCUAAGCAAAGCUUCUGGAAAUUUAAGAGAUGCAUGUGCACA